AUGAGCGACGCGGAGCCUGCGCCCCUGACGACCCCAGCCCGCUGCAUCUCCCUGACCACGGCUCACCUGGGGCCAGGUGACAGGUCUGGCCCUACCCGACAGACGAUGGCCCUGCCCCCACUGAGCUAGAGCCCACCCCUUGGUGCCUGCCCAUCCUCCGCCGGCAGGAUGCGGCUGUGGAAGGCGGUGGUAGUCACCCUGGCCUUCAUGAGCGUGGACAUCAGUGUGACCACAGCCAUCUACGUCCUCAGCCACCUGGACCGCAGCCUGCUGGAGGACAUCCGUGACUUCAAUAUCUUUGACUCCAUGCUGGACCUCUGGGCAGCCUGCCUCUACCGCAGCUGCCUGCUGCUGGGGGCCACCCUUGGCGUGGCCAAGAACAGCGCCCUGGGCCCCCAGCGGCUGCGGGCCUCGUGGCCGGUCAUCACCCUGGUGUGCUUCGGUGUGGGCAUCUACGCCAUGGUCAAGCUGCUGCUCUUCUCCGAGGUGCGCAGGCCCAUCCAGGACCCGUGUUUCUGGGCCCUCUUCGUGUGGACCUAUGUCUCGCUCGUCACCUCCUUCCUGCUCUGGUGGCUGCUGUCCACGGUGCGGCCGGAUGCCGAGGCCCUGGAGCCAGCGGCAGGUGCGGAGGCUGAGGCCGAGGGCUUGGCCGAGCAGGCAUCUGGGGCCACCCUGAAGAAGCUGCUGUCCUACACCAAGCCCGACAUGGCCUUCCUUGUGGCUGCCUCCUUCUUCCUCAUCGUGGCGGCUCUAGGUGAGACCUUUCUCCCGUACUACACGGGCCGGGCCAUUGACGGCAUCGUCACCCAGAAGGACAUGCAGCAGUUCAGCACGGCCGUCAUCAUCACGUGUCUGCUGGCCAUCGGCAGCUCGUUUGCCGCAGGUAUUCGGGGCGGCGUUUUUACCCUCGUAUUUGCCAGACUGAACAUCCGCCUCCGGAACUGUCUCUUUCGCUCUCUGGUGGCCCAGGAGACGAGCUUCUUUGACGAGAAUCGCACAGGGGAUCUCAUCUCCCGCCUCACCUCGGACACCACUAUGGUCAGCGACCUGGUCUCCCAGAAUAUCAACAUCUUCCUGCGGAACACAGUCAAGGUCACGGGCGUGGUGGCCUUCAUGUUCAGCCUCUCGUGGCAGCUCUCCUUGGUCACCUUCAUGGGCUUCCCCAUCAUCAUGAUGGUGUCUGAUGUCUAUGGCAAGUACUACAAGAGGCUGUCCAAGGAGGUCCAGAGUGCCUUGGCCCGGGCUAGCAGUACUGCCGAGGAGACCAUCAGCACCAUGAAGACCGUGCGGAGCUUUGCCAACGAGGAGGAGGAGGCAGAGUUGUACUCACGGAAGCUGCAGCAGGUGUACAAGCUGAACAGGAAGGAGGCAGCUGCCUACACCUACUAUGUCUGGGGCAGUGGGCUGACGCUGCUGGUGGUCCAGGUCAGCAUUCUGUACUACGGAGGCCACCUCGUCAUCUCGGGGCAGAUGACCAGCGGCAGCCUUAUCUCCUUCAUCAUCUAUGAGUUUGUCCUGGGAGACUGUAUGGAGUCGGUGGGCUCUGUCUACAGUGGCCUGAUGCAAGGCGUGGGGGCCGCCGAGAAGGUGUUUGAGUUCAUUGAUCGGCAGCCGACCAUGGUGCAUGAUGGGAACCUGGCCCCCGACCACCUGGAGGGCCGUGUGGACUUUGAGAACGUGACCUUCACCUACCACACUCGGCCCCACACCCAGGUCCUGCAGAAUGUCUCCUUCAGCCUGACCCCAGGCAAGGUGACCGCCCUGGUAGGGCCCUCGGGCAGUGGGAAGAGCUCCUGCGUCAACAUCUUGGAGAACUUCUACCCCCUGGAGGGGGGCUGCGUGCUGCUGGAUGGGAAGCCCAUCAGCGCCUAUGACCACAAGUACCUGCACAGAGUGAUCUCCCUGGUGAGCCAGGAGCCCGUGCUGUUCGCCCGCUCCAUCACAGACAACAUCUCCUAUGGCCUGCCCACCGUGCCCUUCGAGAUGGUGGUGGAGGCUGCGCAGAAGGCCAACGCCCACGACUUCAUCAUGGAGCUACAUGACGGCUACAGCACAGAGACCGGAGAGAAGGGUGCCCAGCUGUCGGGCGGCCAGAAGCAGCGAGUAGCCCUGGCUCGGGCUCUGGUACGGAACCCAUCUGUUCUUAUCCUGGACGAAGCCACCAGCGCUCUGGACGCAGAGAGCGAGUACCUGAUCCAGCAGGCCAUCCACAGCAACCUGCAGAAGCGCACUGUGCUCAUCAUCGCACACCGGCUGAGCACAGUGGAGCGGGCACACCUCAUCGUGGUGCUGGACAAGGGCCGCGUGGUGCAGCAGGGCACCCACCACCAGCUGCUGGCCCAGGGCGGCCUCUAUGCCAGGCUGGUGCAGCGGCAGAUGCUGAGGCUCGAGCCCGCCCCGGACAACAUGCCCAGCCCCAAGGAGCCGCCCGGCAAUGGCGGCCACAAGGCCUGACCGGGCAGCCCUGCCUCCUCUGGGGCAGCAGAGGUCUUGGUGCCUGCCAGGCAGACAUGCCCAUGGGGCCUCAGCAGCCCCCAGCUGCCCUCUGAGCCCAGGCCCAGGUGGAGGGCCACCUGCCACUUCCUGUGUAUCAUUGCUUCCUGCAUCGUGACCUGGUCCCCACCCUGGUCCCCAGGACCACCGGCCCUGCUGCCAUGAGCCAUACCCUCCAGUCUGGCAGUGAGGACACCACUAGACCCCCCAUGGCUUCUAAGUGAAAGCAGAGCUACCUUUUUAAGUGAGAUCCAAUCAGGUUUUUCACUGCUUGGUUGGAUGGCCCUAGCUAGUGCCUAGAUUUCCGAACAUUUUUCUGUUGGAGAUUCAUAGUGGGCAUGUUCGCCGAGAUGUUGCAGAAACUUCCAGGCCAGGAGUGAACCAUCCCUCCUUUUUGCCCUGGGGGGAUAUCAAGGGCGAACCAGGCCUCUACCCUUCGCCCCUCUGGGGGGUGGGGACUCAGGGGAGAGAUGUUCAGCCUCUCCCACCCCCACCUCAGUGAGUCAGGCCAAGGGCCGGUGGGGAGAGCCAGCAGGCACCUCUCUGCCAAAUCAAAGCCAGUCUCACUGUGAACCACUACAACCGUAACUGGGGCAGUGGGUGGCCAGGCCUCCGGGACCUCUGCCCACCCAGCUAUAUAGCCCCCUCGGCCCUGCCUCCCCUCCUGCCUCCCCAGCUGGCAGCCGCCCUCCCCACCUGCCCGCCCACCUGCCUGCUCUGCCCUGUGGAGCCCCCACGGUUGUUCACAAGCUGCAUCCUCUUCUCUGUCCAAUGGAUGGACAACAGACAGCAAAGUCCAGGGCUGGCUUUGCCGGAGGUGCGAGCUGUUGGGAGAACCCGGUCAAUAAAGUGUA